AUGACCACACCGACUAUAGAUGAGCGUGGUGUUUUAAAUUCACCCAGUGCUUCCAAAUUUGACCAAGAGGAGGCGCGAAGGGCACUUGUGGAAAUGUUUAUUGGGGAAGAGCUACCAUUUUGCUUUGUUGAAAGCCCGAAAUUUCGAAAAUUUGUGCAUGCCCUACAAGCAAGAUUCAAAGUUCCUUCACGGACUACAUUAGCACGUGACAUUGGAGCUCUUUAUGCUGAAGAGAAGAUGAAGUUGCAAGAUUUUCUUUCGGCAAAUUGUGAGGUAGCUUUGAAGCAUCGCAAAGAAUUUGAGUUGCUUGCUUUGAAAGAUAAUACCUAUAUAGGAGAGAUGAAUGGAGGAAAAGGGAGAGGUGUUCCUUCUGAUUCAGACUGGGAGUAUGCUGAGUCCAUUGUACCAUUUUUGCGAGUGUUCAAUGAUGCCAGUAUACGUGUUUCUGGUACCUUAUAUGUUACCAGUGAUAUGUAUAUGAAGGAAGUAUUUGCAAUUGGACGAUUUAUUCGUCAUUCUUGUGAUUCUGUUGAUUUUAGUACUAUGUCAAUGGCAGAAAGGAUGAGGGUUAAGUAUGAGAAGUAUUGGGGCAAUCCUGAUUCGGUGAAUAUGUUGUUAUUGAUUGCUAUCGUACUUAAUCCAAUGCAAAAGAUUGAGUAUGUCAAUUAUUUCUUGGAUUACUUCUUUGGAGAAGAAAAAGGAGGCGAAUUGAAGUCAAAGUUGUCCAAGUGCAUAAAGUUACUUUAUCAGCAAUACCAAAGUUCUGAGGAAGCAAGUGAAGCUGAUACGCAAGAUGUUCAAGCCAACAACAUUAAUAUCGAUCUUCAUGGCAUGGGCUUUUUUCUGCAAGCAACUGGUCGCAGAACAAAUACAAGAUCUGAACUUGAUAGAUAUUUACAAGAAGAAUGCGAGCCAUACUCCCAUAAGUUCGAUAUACUAAACUGGUGGAAGGUCAACUCAACCCGAUUUCCAAUUCUUGGAAAUAUGGCUCGUGAGGUAUUGGCUAUACCUGUUUCUACGAUAGCUUCGGAGUCUGCAUUUAGUACUGGAGGAAGAGUCCUCAAUCCAUACCGCAGUUCCUUAACACCUAGAAUGGUAGAAGCCUUAGUCUGCACAGGAGAUUGGUUUAAGGAAGAUCUUUUCUCUGCUUUAGAUGAUGAUGGUGAAGUUCUUCAACAAGUUGAUCAAGAUAUAUUUUCCUCUAAUGAUGGUGCUUGUUCUAUGGCGGCAUCAAUUGAUAAUAUUGAUGAUGACUAG